AUGUCUUCCAUCCCUAUCACACAGAGGGUAGCAGUGCUCGAGCAACACGGCAAGCCUCUCGUCAUUGUCGAAGACGAACCCAUCCCAGAAGCCACUCCUGGCAGCAUCGUUGUCAAAGUCCUCGCUACACCACUAUCGCGCUACGCCCGAACCGCAUUCGACGGCACGAUCCCUGCCCCCCUCCUCGAUCCGCCCUUUGUCCCGUGCCCAAGAACUCUCGGGUACGUGCACAAAAUUGGCAGUGGCACAACAUCCUUCAAGGAGGGAGACUUGGUACACGUUGAGCCUGUAGUCACGGCUCGCGAUGAUCCGAACGUAUUCAUCAUGCAAGGCCACGUCAAGGGGCCGCCUGGCGACAAAACGGACAAAUUAGCCGAGGGAGAGUUUCGUGAUGGUGCUCUGCAGCAGUAUCAGCGCGUUCCACUCGAAAACGCCUACCGUAUAGAUGAGAAACUCAUCGGAAAGUUAGGCAUCGACCUGAUCAACCUUGUCUCCAUCAGCACGUUUUCUCCAGCUGCCGGAGCUAUCUUUGAGUCAGCGAAGCUCAAGGUCUGCGAUACAAUCAUCAUUGGGCCAUCGGGUGGAUCGUUUGGUGGAAGCGCGAUUGAGUUGGCCUUGGCGGUUGGAGCAAACGUCGUUGCCCUUGGACGAAACGCAGAGCUGCUACAAGCCAUGAAGCAGAUUUUGAAGUCUUCUCGGCUUAGUACUGUUCUCAUGACGGGCGACGUCGAUGCAGAUGCCGCUGCCAUUCUCGCGGCCACACCUUGUGGUGGAGGGGCGGACGUUUUCAACGAUUGGUCUCCCGGCGGCGUCACCGUCGCUCCCUUUCUUCCAUCGGCUAUUCGCGCGCUGAAACCAGGCGGGCGGAUCGUAGUUAGCGGUGGAGCUUACGGCUUCUUGGAGGUUCCGUACAUUUCAAUGGUGUUCAACAGAUUGUCAGUCGAAGGUUCGUUCAUGUGCAAUCGCGACUCUGUGAUAAGAUUGAUUCACAUGAUCGAAUCAGGACAGCUUGAUAUCAGCACUGGAAGUGGCACUCAGGUUCGGAAGUUUGGACUUCACGAGAUUGACAAAGCUAUCGCAAUCACUGAAGAAACAACUCGAUGGAGAAGCCAUACUGUUGUAACUCCUAACCAGGUCGACUGA